AUGGAGAUGCCUAUACCGCAUUUCGCUAUGGAUGAAGGCCCAUACGAUGAUCUACUGUCAGACAGCGACAAUGGAGAUGAGGAUCAGGUUGAUGAGAUCACAGAGGAAGCCGCGAGAUGGAAGUUCAUCAAGCCACCACCGUCCAGCUCAACGUGGAUGACACCGACGCUUUUCUCUUAUCCAAAGCAAGACUGGAGACGGCUCGUGUUAUGCAGCGCGUACUGA